CUUCAUAAAAGAGGAAAUUCCCCGGUUUCAUUUAUAGUGCAGAUAUGAGCUCAACGAGGAGAGGUGUGAUGGUGGGAGGCUGGCUGCCGCUGUUGGCUCUGCUCUGUGCCACAGUCUGGGCUCAGUUUGACUCCACACUGGACAAACACUGGGACCUGUGGAAGAAGACUUACCAAAAGAGCUACAAGAAUCAGGAGGAGGAGUUGAACCGCAGAGCAGUGUGGGAGAAAAAGCUGCUGUACAUCAACAGACACAAUCUGGAGGCGUCUAUGGGCCUUCACUCCUACACGUUGGAGAUGAACCACAUGGGAGACCUGACUGAUGAGGAAGCCAAGCAGUUGUAUACCAUGCUGAGGGUUCCCAGUGACCUAAAGAUGGCGCCAUCCCCUCUCUUUUCAGCAAAUGCAGACAUACCAGACAGUGUGGACUGGAGGAAAAGCGGCUAUGUGACCCCAGUCAAGAAUCAAGGCAGCUGUGGGUCGUGCUGGGCCUUCAGCGCUGCAGGGGCACUGGAGGGUCUGUUGGCCAAGACCACAGGGAAACUGGUGGAUCUCAGCCCCCAGAACCUGGUGGACUGUUCAGGGAAAUACGGAAAUCAUGGAUGUAAUGGAGGCUUCAUGAGUCAAGCCUUUCAGUAUGUCAUCGACAACAAGGGAAUCGACUCUGAGAAGUCCUACCCCUACAAGGGCACGGCAGGUGUUUGCAGCUACAACCCAGUGUACCGUGCUGCUAACUGCUCUACGUACUACUCUGUAAAAAGCAGCGAGGAUGCUCUGAAGCAGGCGCUGGCUGUUGUUGGACCCAUCUCAGUCGCUGUUCAUUCUUCAUGGCCAGGCUUUUUGCACUACAAAUCUGGGGUGCUAGACGACCAGGCUUGUAUGGGGCUAGUGGAUCAUGGCGUUCUAGCUAUCGGAUAUGGCACUGAUGGUGGUCGCGACUACUGGCUGGUAAAGAACAGCUGGGGAACAUCUUGGGGAGAAAAUGGUUAUAUCCGGAUCGCUCGCAACAAGCGAAACAUGUGUGGCAUUGCUUCAUAUGGAGUAUACCCGGCCAAGUAAACAUCACAGCAAGUUGAACACUUUUUGUGGCAAUGAUAAUAAGUACAUUGUUUUACUUGUGUCAGUGCCUGUCUGUUCUGCUAAGGCCAAAAAGGCUUCAUGCAACCUAUGUAUAUAUUCCUAUUUUCUAUCUUAUCACUUUUUCAUAUAGGUUUAUGUAGGCCAAAAAGGUAAAAAAAAAAAAUUGUUUCGCUAUUUCUACUUCAUUUUAUUCAUGUAAAGCAAAAUUAAAUGGACACAAUGAAAUAUGUUAUGUUACAUGUUGCAUUUAAUUCACAUAUAACUCAGAAGAUGCAAUGUGUUACAUUGAUUCCCAAACUAGACCAAUGGAGAUGGCUUGAGCAAAUGACAGGUUAGAGCACUUUUCACUAAAAUAUAGUUAACAUUGUUAUAUUUAAGAUGUUACUAAAAAACAUUACUUUCGUUAAGUUUAUAAUUUUACGUCCUGGUUGAGGUACAGAUAAUUCCAGUCACCUAGCACCAAUACUGUAAACAAGGGCUAAAACUACACAAUGCUUAUAAUAAGACAAAUAAAAAUAGAUGAUCACACCUUUUUUUGUUAAGUGAAGGUUUAAGCUGUCAGAAAAAUGUGUUCCUUGCAUAAAUUGUCUUUUGGAUGGAAUUUUCUGUAUUGAUGACAUAAGUUAACAUUUUACCACAGGAACUAUCCCAGCAAUCCAAGUGAUAAUUAGAAAACACAAAAACCUCUGUUGCACUUUAAAUGGGAUUAAAUUUAAACCUGUCCUAACUCUAUAUGCAAAUGCAGAUAGGGGAAAUGAUUGAUUGCAUUUGUUUUGAUAAAUCAACUUAAUGAACUUAUGAAUGUGAUUAAACUUACAUGUGAUAG